UCAUGGUGGAAUUCCACUAUAAUUCGAAUUGUCCGUUGCCGAUUUGUCUGACAGACUGCGAAUGUGAUGGUACAAAACAAGAUAUUCGUAGAUUUACCGGAGGCUACCUCUUACUUCUGGAAGCAAAGCCGAAGGAAAACGUAUAAUAGCUGGCCCUUCAAAGAAUCUGAUAAAUGCAAUGCCGAACGCAUGGCUGCCGCUGGAUUUUAUGUUGUUGGGGACAGCAAUGAGCCCGAUUUGGUUGAAUGUUUCAUUUGCAACAAGCAACUCGAUGGUUGGGAACCGGACGACGAUCCAUGGAGCGAACAUGAGAAACAUCAGUCAAGCUGUGCAUUUGUUAAAUUAAACAAGCAAGACGAAAAAGAAUGGACAGUAGAUGAAUUAUAUGAUUUAUACAAAAAGUACAAGACAAAAGAAUAUAUGGAUGAAGUACAAAGGAGUAUUAUUACACUAAAAGAUGAAGUGGAACAGUUAAUGGAUGAACUCUCUAAAUAAAA